UUCUGUAACUUCACAUGAGAGGCUUGUGCUUUUUGAGUUUUUUAUUUUUGUGUUUUUUUCUUAUUUAUUUAUUUAUUUAUUUAUUUAUUUAUUUAUUUAUUUAUUGCUUUAUAUGUUGUCAGGAAGAUAGUUCAAGUCAUGGAUCUGCCCCCCAAAUCUGAGCUUUGCUACUAAUACUGUAGUAUUAGUGUAUGCAUUCAAUAAAAUAACUGUUUUCUUUUUUUUUUAGUAUGAUAGAUGCUUUUGUGUUUUGUGGGGUGAUCCAUGAAACAGGAGUGAGGAUGCUUGUUUCUUACUCUGUCCACUUAGUUAUGUCUCUAGGCUUGUCCUACUCCUUUGGCUGCAUCACCCCCCCACAUUUGCUGACUAUUUUAUUUGUCAAAUGAAAUCACACGUUAUAGCUUAGAGAGGCCUGUAAGCAAUCCUACUUUGGUAACUUAAGUGCAAAGAGGAGAGCCCCACACUCAGCCUGAGGGUGCAUUCACUGGUGGAUCCAAUAUUUCAGUUUCCUCUCCUAACAGAUCACCACAUUGUUGCCAGGACCAUAAUGAAUGCAAUUCUUUCUCCUAAGGAAUCUGGUGGCAACUGUCAAAUGUUAAGCACAAAGCUUCAGGUUGUACCUAUAACACACACCCACAUUGCAACCUACCCUACAGGCUAUUUCUGGGUGUGAUUUCAUGCACCUGCACAUGAUGAGACAGGAGACCUCUUUGGCUACUUAUAGGAACUGGUGUGAUUUCUCAGUAAUCUUUAAUGGGUAAUAUUGCUGACUGAGGAGAAUUUGAGGUAGGAUGAAACAUUUCUGUGCAGGGAUUGGGGAGGAAGCACUCAUUUAGAUACAUAGCAAUGACUUAGGUUUUUCCAAUCAAGCCUAGAGCCAAAUUUGGCUUUGGAAGCAUGUGGUGCUCAGUGGCUAUGCCACAGGGAAGUCUCCUGAAAAGGGUCCAUCAGCUUUUCCUCAGUACAGGCAGAACAUUAGCAAGGAGGCAAAGUCUGUUCUCCGUGACAUCAGCAGGCCCUGGACAUUCUAUUGUCUCCUAGAGAGACCUUGGAAUCCCUGUGAUGUCACCAGUAUCGUUGUGACAACCAAUUCCCUACUUUUUCUCUCAGUGUCCAAAGGAUAUAUCCACAGACAUGUUUGCCCGUCUUUGUAGGCGCUUUGGGAGAGUUGAUGUUGAUAGAGAAGAGUCUAGAAUGAAGCAAACGAAACCUAAAGAGGCCUGCAGACAGACGUCAUCCCCUGAAAAUAUCCUAAACAAGGUGCAGGCCAACGAGGAAGAGGAGAGGCUGAAUAGAGAACUGGAGCUAACUACCAAGGAGAGAAAUGAGCUGACAGAUCGCCUCCUUUAUGUGACAGGUGGAUCCAUGAGCAAGAGCCCCUACUUCAGGCCAAAUCCAUUUUAUGAAAACUUGAAGAUAAAGGAGAAAGAGGUCAUGUCAUUACUGCACAACUUAGACACAAAGAACAUUGAACAUCGUGAGAAAUUUCUGGAGCUCAAGAAGGAGAUUAACUUCUAUCGCAACCUGCACAGCCGGCUCCUGAUGGACCAGGCAUGUAUGAAGAAGAAGUUGGUCACAUUGAAGCAGGAGAGCAAGGAGGUACAGCGAUAUUUGUUUGAGUUGAACCGGAAAGAUGAAGACGAACAGGAGAAGACCAGCAACCUCCAGACCCAGUAAAAUGUGGUAGGAACAAGCAGCUGAGUCAGAUUAACAAUGUCUGAUACCGUUUGCCUAUUGGAUACAUCUUUGCUUCCCCUAUCACCUUUCUAAUCUCCCCACACCCAAUCAGUCACCCACUUCAUGUGAUAGAGUUAUUCAUUGCUCUGUCUGUGCACAAGUAUUCUUGGAUGUUAAACACUUUUCAGAAACUGAAUUAUUGGCAAUUAUACUUCUCUGCCCUUUUUGAAACUGCAGUCCAGAAAUGGUGACAGAGGAAUAACAUAUCAUAUGACUGCAUCUCCCUAUCAAAGAUUGGAUGCUAUGAAGAGUUUUGAAUGAGUUCUUGGUCGUGUG